AUGGGUCUUCUCUCCAACAGAAUCGGUAGAUCGAGUUUGAAACCUGGGGAUCAUAUCUACUCAUGGAGGACUGCUUAUAUCUAUGCCCAUCACGGCAUCUAUGUUGGAGAUGACAGAGUCAUCCAUUUCACAAGACGAGGCCAAGAAGUUGGAACCGGCACUGUUCUAGAUCUCAUACUGGUGAGCUCAGGUCCAUCGCGAGGCCACACGCACUGUCCAACAUGCGUUCCACCAAACGAAGGCCACGGUGUUGUUUCCUCUUGCCUAAACUGUUUCCUCGCCGGCGGUGUCUUGUACCGGUUUGAGUACUCGGUCAACGCCGCUCACUUCCUCGCCAAAGCCCGAGGAGGAACCUGCACGCUCGCGGUCUCUGACGCUAACGAUAUAGUCGUCCACCGUGCCAAACACAUCCUUCAGAACGGGUUUGGAUGCUACGACGUUUUCAAGAACAACUGCGAGGAUUUCGCCAUAUACUGCAAAACCGGAUUGCUGGUUCUCGAGGGAAGGACCAUGGGACAGAGCGGUCAAGCGGUGUCGAUUAUAGGCGGGCCUAUCGCUGCGAUUCUGUCUUCGCCGAUGCGGCUUGUGACGACGAACGUUUAUGGGAUGGCGGCUACAGCAGUUGGUGUGUAUUGUGCGAGUAGAUACGCUACUGAUAUCGGUAUGAGAGCUGAUGUGGCGAAAGUCGAAGUGGAGGAUCUCACGAGAAGGUUGUCUAUGGGGCUGUUCCAAGUGAUUGAGCCUCCAUUGGCAGCCAUAGCUUUACCAACUACAAGUUGA